AAAUUCUAGAGGUCAAAGGUUACGUGUGGCUGUAACACACGGUAAAGAGUGACGGUGACGCCGAUCAAUUGUGCUUGUGAUUUACAUACUUAGUGUCGGUGAGAAAGGACUAACAUAGUUUUCGAGUUUCGCUGGGAAAGGAAAUCAGUACAAAAUGGCUGGGAGAACGUGUAUAAUUGUGAUCACCUGUGUUUCCAUUUUAAUCACAAUGACAAUGGCUGAUUCUAACGACACAUCGAGUUCAGCUCAACAGGGUAAUACAGUUUCAGACACAGGAUCUUAUGAGAAAUCAUCUCUAGAAAAAGGUGUAACAACAUUGUACGAAAAAAUCAUGCACGGAUUUCUGGACGCCGCCAUGCCUGGUCAGUUCUUCUCUGAUGCUGACUCAGGUCCAAUAACCUACAAAGACCUUAACAGAAUCAUACAGAAUGGGACAUACAGUGAACUCCAGGAUCGAUGGCAAGAUUUGGCCAAGGUUUUUGGUGGUUUUGCUGCCUGUAUCAUCAUUGGCCUGAUGUUCAUUCUGUUCAUGCCCAUAUUUGGAUGUAUUUGGUGCUGUGCCUUUUGUUGUUGUAAAACAUGUGGAAAGUCAAAGUCAGAUAUGGACCCAAAAAGAGCCAAGUGUCAACGUGUUAUAUUCGCCACAUUGCUAUUUGUCUUCACCACAUUUAUGUUGUAAGUAAUAUAUAAUGGU